CAAAGAACGGCCUGACGUCACUUGACAGUCAGCGUUCACAAACGGCAGGACGGCAGCGCCAUCAAGCCGCUCUUUCCUCUCAUCCUCUAAAAUACCUCGAUACCUCACGUUACCCCCCUUUUAUCCCGAACGUGAGACUCAUCACCAUCCGAUGCCACCCAGAAUCAUCGUAAACCCUCUUCGGAACACCAUCACCAAUCGCCUCUCCCAUCUACCCCGUCUAUCCCACACCAUGGCUGGCACCAAGGACCGCAAGGAGUCCAAGUUCUCCCACCUGCCUCUGAGCACCAGCGGCCCCAUCAGCUGCGCUGUCACAGGCAGCGCGCUGUUGAACACACCGUACCUCAAUAAAGGCACCGCCUUCCCCGACGACGAGCGCCGCGAGUUCAACCUGACAGGUCUGCUUCCCCAGAGCAUUCACUCCCUCGACCAGCAGCUGCACCGCGCCUAUGAGCAGUACAAGAGCCGCCAGGAUGACCUAGCCAAGAAUACCUUUCUGACGUCCUUGAAGGAGCAGAAUGAGGUCUUGUACUAUCGGUUGUUGCAAGAGCAUCUUCCGGAAAUGUUCAGCAUUGUGUACACUCCCACCGAGGGAGAUGCCAUCCAGAACUUUUCAAGGCUUUUCAGAAGGCCCGACGGCUGUUUCUUGAACAUUAAUGAUAUAGAUCGAGUCUAUCACGACCUCGCUCAGUGGGGGCGACCAGAGGAUAUCGACUACAUUGUCGUUACAGAUGGAGAAGAGAUCCUGGGUAUCGGAGACCAGGGCGUUGGCGGUGUUUUGAUCUCCGUGGCAAAGCUCGUCCUCACAACUCUAUGCGCUGGUGUCCAUCCCAAUCGAACACUGCCUGUGGUGCUCGACUGUGGCACCGAUAACGAGGAGCUCUUGAACGAUGAUCUGUAUUUGGGACUCAGACAGAAGCGUGUGCGGGGACACAAAUAUGACCGCUUCGUUGACGAGUUCGUCAAGGCUGCCAGGAGGCUGUAUCCUCGCGCCUACAUCCAUUUUGAGGACUUUGGCCUCACCAAUGCUAGGAGAAUCUUGGAUCAAUACCGUCCCCAUAUCCCAUGCUUCAACGAUGAUGUGCAGGGAACGGGAUGCGUCACUUUGGCGGCCAUCACGGCUGCUCUUCACGUCAGCAAGCAGAAGCUCACUGACCUGCGCCUGGCCAUCUUUGGUGCUGGUUCGGCUGGUGUUGGAAUCGCGGACCAGGUCAGAGAUGCCAUUGCAGCCGAAGGAAACAUGAGCAAGGAGGAUGCUUCUAAGCAGAUCUGGUUGAUCGACAAGCCCGGUCUUUUGACCACAGACAGCGAGGUAUCCGCUGCCCAAAAGGGCUUCGCCAAGGACCCUUCAGACUGGAAAGACAAGGAUGCGUCUCUCCUUUCCGUUAUCAAGAACGUCAAGCCCAAUGUCCUGAUCGGAACCUCGACGAAACCCAAGGCCUUUACGGAAGAAAUCGUCCGCGCCAUGGCAGACGGCGUCGAGCGGCCCAUCAUUCUCCCUCUCUCCAACCCAACUCGCCUUCAUGAGGCCGUGCCGGAGGAUAUCUACAAAUGGACCGACGGCAAGGCCCUCCCAGUCAAGGGCCCCUGGGGCGAAGGCGGGAAGGAGAUUGAGAUCGAAGUCGCAGAGUGCAACAACUCUGUCGUCUUUCCCGGCAUCGGCCUCGGCUCCGUGCUAUGCCGGGCGAGCCUGGUGACAGAUAAGAUGCUCGUUGCGGCUGUAGAGGGCGUCGCGUCGCUAAGUCCCGCGCUCAAGGACCAGACGGCGCCGCUUCUGCCGGGCGUAGAUGUCGUCCGGGACGUGAGUGUGAGAGUCGCGCGGGCGGUGAUCAAGGCGGCUGUCAAGGAGGGCGUGGCGACGGAGGAGGGGAUCCCGGAGGGGGACGAGGACUUGGACGAGUGGAUCCGGGAGCAGAUGUGGUCGCCCGAGUACCGCCCGCUCAAGCUUGUUGAAUACAGUGAGGCGAGUAGGGAGGCCAAGGGUGAGAUGAAGGUUGCUGGGAGCUUCAGCAGAGUCGGGAGCUGGUAAGAUGCCGUCACUCAGUUCACGAGGUUCUUUCGAAAACGGCAAAAGGCAAAAGUACAUGCAACACCGGGCAUUCGCCGGUCGUCUCCGACCCGACUACUACUCCGGCCCUCACUGGUUUAUCUAUGGGAGAGCGGACGGGAUCCCGAGUUCUCCGGUGGGUGUGGUCGCAUGUGCUGUGUUGCUGGAGUGGUGAUGCUGAAAUCGGGUGGAGGUU